GGAAUCAGCCUGUUCUGGAAAGGUUUCUGGAGAACCGGCGCUCCACUGCUGGUUUCCUUCCUGGCAAAGCGCUGGAAUAGACCGCAGGUCUCGCUUCGUGCUCUUUCCGGUGGGUCCCCUUCUGACCCAGCCGGAUUGCUCUCUCCGACCCUGUGCCAGCGAGGAUCUGACUCCUGUAGUAGCGCAAAACUGGGCGGUGCUGUGCGGCGCGCGUGUGAUCGGAGGCUGUUGUAACCCCUUCUCGGGUAGAAGAGCAGCUGUAGUUCUCCUUUAAAGGAAAGUUAAACCUUGAAAAAUGUGUUGUGAAAGAAAUAGAAGAUUUCUGCUGCUUUAUGCAAGUCAGAAAGGACAGGCAAAAGCCAUAGCUGAAGAAAUAUGCCAGGAGGCAAAGGAACAUGGAUUUGAAGCUGAUAUUCACUGCAUCAGUGAAUUGGAGCAGUAUAAUUUGGAUAAGGAAAAGGAUCCUGUGGUUAUUAUUACUUCUACUACUGGUACAGGAGAGCUUCCAGAUACUGCAAUCAAAUUUAUAAAAGAAAUUAAUGACAAAAGUUUGCCAUCUGAUCACUUGUCUCAUAUACGAUAUGGACUGCUAGGUCUAGGAGACUCUGAAUACACAUUCUUCUGCAAUGGUGGGAAAAUAAUAGACAAACGAUUUCUGGAACUUGGGGCUCAACGGUUUUGUGAAGUGGGAUUAGCUGAUGAUGCUGUAGGGUUGGAGCUGGUGGUUGAACCAUGGAUUGCUGGGCUUUGGGUUGCACUUAAUCAAGAGUUUGCAUCUAGAAAAGAAGACAAAAAUGCAUCUUUUUGUGCCAACAAGUUUUCUAAUCUCUGUAUAGGCGUCCAAGCAGAAUGCUUGAACACUGAAGAUUCCGGUGUGAAAAAUAAUGUUUCAUCAAAAGAAAAUAUUGACUCAGAACGUCCUACUGAAAACUCUCAACCGUCACUUUCUUUCUCAGUGCGUCCACUCUCAAAGGCUACACUUAAUAUUCCUGCUUUGCCACCGGAAUACCUAGAGGUGCAGCUUGAAGAAAGCCGUGGCCAGAAUGCCAGCCUACUUUAUACUUCAGAGAACUCCAUUUAUCGUGUUCCUGUCACCAAAGCCAUUCAACUUACUAGGGAUGAUGCAGUUAAAAAAACGUUGCUGGUGGAACUGGAUAUUUCUGAAACAACAUUUAACUACCAGCCUGGAGAUGCCUUUAAUAUAACUUGUCCCAAUAAUGCACUGGAGGUGGAGGAACUUCUUGAUAUUUUGGGACUCUUGGGAAAAAAAGAUCAUUUUGUUUGCUUAAAAGUUAAGGAAGGCACUAAAAAGAGAGGAGCAACAUUGCCACAGUAUAUACCAGAUAAGAAUACUGUUAAAUUUAUUUUUACAUGGUGUCUGGAAAUCAGAGCAGUUCCCAAAAAGGCAUUUCUGCGCUCUUUGGUAGAAUAUACCACUGCUAUUAGUGAAAAAAGAAGACUUCAAGAAUUGUGUAGCAAGCAAGGAUCCUCGGAUUAUAACUCUUUUAUAAGGGAUUCUAGAGUUAGUUUAUUAGAUUUGCUCCAAGUUUUCCCAACUUGCAAGCCUCCACUUAGUCUUUUGAUUGAACAUCUUCCAAAGUUGCAAGCCAGACCCUAUUCAGUUGCAAGUUCGACUUUGUUUCAUCCUGGAAAGAUGCAUUUCAUCUUUAAUAUUCUGGAGUUUCCAUCCCACCUAGGUGAGCUGCGAAGAGGGGUCUGUACCGGUUGGCUAGCUGAUCUGGUUGCCCCAGUCCUUCAGGUGAAUCAGAAGAGCAAAGAAUUCUUCUCUCCACAGAUCAACAUAACGCCUCGCCUAUCGAAUGUUUUCCACCUACCAGACAACCCAUCUGUUCCUUUUAUUAUGGUUGGUCCAGGAACUGGAAUUGCACCAUUUAUCAGCUUUCUUCAGCAUAGGCAGAAGCUCAGAGAAAAGCACCCAGAUUAUAAGUUUGGAGAGAUGUGGUUGUUUUUUGGCUGCCGCUAUAAGGCCAGAGAUUACUUGUUCCAAGAUGAGCUCAGGUGCUUUCUUGAAAGUGGCGUGUUAACUUACCUGAUAGUUUGCUUCUCAAGAGAUGUUCCAGCUGUAGCAGAAACCGCCCCUCCUAAGUAUGUUCAAGAUAACCUCCGGCUUUAUUGUAAAGAGAUUAGUAGGAUUUUGCUACAGGAGAAAGGAUAUUUUUAUGUGUGUGGAGAUGCAAAAAAUAUGGCUAAAGAUGUGAAUGAUAUUCUGGUGGAAGUCUUCAUGACUGAGAAAGGAGUUGAUCAGCUGGAUGCAUUGAAAAUACUGGCUACGUUAAGAGAAGAAAAAAGAUACCUGCAGGAUAUCUGGGCCUGAACACUAGCUUUUGAAUUCACUUGAUCAAUAUAAAUAAUAAUCUUUUCAGUGCCUACUUCUGUCAGUAAUUUUCUCUCAAUUAUUUGAACUGUUUUCUAGGGCUAUAACAAAGAAAAAUAUAUCAUUUCCAAGAGAUUUGUCACAGUACAAGUGGCUUUAAAUAAAUGAUGCCACAUUUCCAUCAAGAUAGCGUUUCAUUUUUCUCUAAAGUUGAUCAAUGUAACUUUGCCUUAGAUUUGAAAAUAUGGCAUAGAUGGUAUUAUAUGUCUCUACAGUAUUUUCUUCAGCUAUUAACAAAUGGAGGGGAUUUUUUUUAACAAAAACUAUUGUAUGCUAUGUACAAUAUAUAGAAUAUCAGAGAUGUUAUUCAUUUUUCAAGCCUAGUCUUUCUGCCUUUGAAGAAGAAAAACUACAAUGAAAAAUUACAGAAAAAGUAGUUAUUUUUUAUAAGUUCUUAUUUAUAAAUACAGCUGGACGACUUGUUAUUAAUUGAAUGGUUUUUACUAAAUGUACAUCUAAAUCAGGGGUUGCCUUGGCUCCAUCCUUUUGUUUUGACAGUGCCCUCUUUUGGGAACAAAUUAUGAAAAUAAAUUUGGGUUUGAUAUAAUAUAAAGCAAAUAUUUUUCAUGAAAAUGAGCCACAAUCCUGAACAGAAUUGGCUACCACUUGAUGAUGGGCCUAAAGCCCAGUUUUGCCCAGUUAAUGUUGUAUGAACAGUGUUUUGUUAUGAGGAAAAAAACCCUAUAUAUUAAAUUUCCUUCUCAUCUAAACAUGAUCAAUGAAAUGGCCAUGAUUAAAUGUUGAAAAAUAUAUGCCUAUUUGAAACAUUUUUCUUAAUUUCACUCACGAAGCCCAAUUUUCUAAAUUAGUGGCUGUAGGGGUAUAGGUAAUCACUAAGCGCAUUUUGUACAAUAUGGCACAUUUGGUUAGAGUUAGGUUUUCACUGCCUUUGUAUGUUGCAUGAACCUAGCCUGCUUGGCUAGCUCACCAUUCAAGGUAUUGUGGAAACCAGAAAAAUGAACCACUUUGGUAAUCAGAUAAAGCAUAUUGUGUGAACGGUCCUUCACUGAAUUUAGCUUUUAAGAGAAACAUGUGCAAAUCAUUCCAUAUUUCAUUUUACUUUUAUUUUAAAAGACAACUGCUGCUACUUCAAAAGUGAUUUAAAAAUCCUUCAUUUUUCCACUGUAGUUCGGAAAGAUAGUCCCAUAGUGACUUGUCAAAACCCUUGGGUUAAGCUGCAAAAUGAGAAACUGGGUUGAUUUGAAUAAAUUUAAGUAAAAUGUUCUCUAAAUAUUCUGAAGUGUGACUGAAUCACACCUAGUGUUAGAUAGUAUGCAAAUUGUUACUGUUUUCAGUAAAAGAAAUUAAACUCUAAGACAGACUUUAAAAGUUUAUCAUAACUAUUUUGGCUCUGUCUUGUCAUGUGAUCACAUGCUUCAGUAUGUACAUCUCAAACAAAGAGGUGAGCUUUAAUGCCUACAGAAGAAGCUUUUGCUAAAGAUGCAAACCAGUUUUAAAAUCUUGCAUCCUCUUUUUGCUACUAAGGUUAUUUUAAACAGAAGCAAGUUGAGAAGGUAUUAAAGGAAGAGCAUCAUUGCCAAUAAUCGGUUUAGGAGCUUUUAAGGAUCUUAAACUGCAAAGAUGAUGGUUGAGCAUUAAAAUCCACUAGCCAUUAAUGUAUGUUAUAGAUGCUGAUGGCUGUGUCUAUUUCCAGAAGUAAUAAAUGUUUUUAAUGCUGUUGUAAAAAGAAGAGGUUGCCUCCAAUUAUCUCCCAGUUUUCUAUAGUAUUUGUAAGUAAUAAACAAUCAUAAUAUGAAGAUAAGAUAAAAUGUCUCCCACUUUUCUACUUAAACAAUAAAAAGGUCAACUGACAGCAAAGAAAAUAGCCUCCCAAAAUAGAAGCUGCAUGACAAAUAGUUGCUAAUGCGUAUACUAAGGUUAAUAAAAAAAAAAAUCUCAGCAAAACGAUCUUUAUCUGGUAAUAAGAGAUAAAAAAAAACAAGUUUCAGAAUCUUAGGUAUGAUAACACUGAUGGAAAAGUUAGAAAUGACAGCUUUGUUAGCAAUCUGUUUAUUUACAAAUGUACAGGUUGACAGCAGUAGUCCACAAAGGUAGCAUCACUGACAAAAAUAAGCAUUUCUGAAAUAUCCCCUUAUCCAGUAGGCUCUGAAGAAUCAAAUCAAUUCUUCUAACUUCCCGAUGGUGUUCUUAUCUCUAUACAUUCCAAGGUACACAAAACCAAGACAAAGUCAUGCAAAAUAGUUUUUUAAAUAAGUAAUCGGCCUUCCUAGAAUGCAGUUAUCCCAUACUUUUUAUACAAGGCUAUGCAUUCCUACUUAAAGGUACUGUGAAACCUAUUGAGCUUUUAAGACAUACUUCCAACUAUAGGAUGGCAGCUUAGGUUUGGCUUCAGGAAUUGCAAGGGAUUGCCUUUUCUGAACGUUUUUUCACUUAGAGAUAGGCAACCUUGGCUCUUUUAUGACUCGUGGACUUCAACUCCCAGAAUUCCUGAGCCAGCAUGGCUGGCUCAGGAAUUCUGGGAGUUGAAGUCCAGGAGUCAUAAAAGAGCCAAGGUUGCCUACCCCUGACUUAGAUGGUGAGGUCCUAACAAUUCCAUGACAAAGAGUACACACUAUAAUUGGGACCAGCAACAUUGUGGCUAAGCAAUGCAAUGAUAAAAUGAAACAUAAUUUGACUCAUUUGCCUCCCAUUCUUCUAUAAAAUGGGACACCAUGUGAUCCCUGACUUACAACAUCAGUUCAAGCUAUAGUCUUGAAGCAAAUCCCAGCAGUCAUUAUGUGUGAUGUCAUGUGAUUGCAACUUGCAACUUCCUGCCAGCUAUCCCAUUAACUUUGCUCAAAGCCUCUGUGAAAGUCACAAAUGGCAAUCUCAUGAUUGUAGGUGCUCAAUCAUAAAUUAGCACAAAUUUCAAGCAUGGGACCAUGCGUAACACUGCAAAAGCUGCAUGUUUGAGGGCUGGUUGUAAAUCUCCAUUUAUCAGAACUUCUGUAACUUUGAAUGGUCACCGAACGAGCAAUAAACAACUACCCAUAAAUCAGUUCUUCCUUGUCCAGUUCUACUGUACUGGGGAUCCUUCUUUCUGAAAGUGGAGCUUUACAGGAAGGAUCAUGCAGGGGUGAAACAGAGAUGGAGAGCUAUGUGAUGGUGGUGAUUGUGUAAGGGUUCAUGCCUACUCUGAAGACGACUGCCUCUUGUUUUUCACUCAUUGAACUGAAGAGGAGAGAGGCUGGAUAGUUUUCAGAGAGAUGUGAGAUUAAGAACCAAACUUUCUAGACUUAAGUACAGUCCUUUCCCAUUGGAUGAAAAGGGAGAGUAGCAGUUUUGCUGCAAAUAUAAAAUCUAUUUUUACUGCAUUUUCAAUGUUCAGUGUAAGUUUUCUAAUAAAAUUCUGUUUAAGGUG